UUACGAAUAUUUCAAUCACUUAUUUCAGAUGAAGUCUGGCGGUAAACAAUCUAGGUGAAAUAUGAAAGAGUCUGGGAUGAGAAGACAUUGUGGUUUAAAUGCUCUGGUACGAUUGUUCCAUACAGGACUGUGUUCAGCAAUUCUCUCUACCCUACUGUGGAAAGAAACUGGUCUAAGAUGGGCAUUGGUAGAGAUUAAUGACCUUGUGUAUGGAGCUGUGUUCCUGUGUUUGUUUGUGACAUCUCUGACCCUAUACUAUAUUGCAUGUCUCACAGAUCCUGGAUAUGUAUCUAUCAAACAGUACAAACAUAACUCUGGACAAGUGAAUCUAGAUUUUGAUGCUGAUGCUGAACUGUCCGAGGAGGAACCAGAAUCAGGGGGAACAGAAUGUAGCAUACCACUCACUGACCUCAGUCAACCAUCAGAUAAGAAGAAUAGAUACAAAUACAGGUUCUGUGAUUACUGCGAGAUACAGCCACCAUUAAGAAGCAAGCAUUGUGAAGACUGCAAGAAUUGUAUAAGGAAAUAUGAUCAUCAUUGUCCAUGGUUAGAGACCUGUGUCGGCGAGAGAAAUCACAGAUAUUUCUGGUGGUUCCUGUUUACCACAGCAGUGCUCAUUCUCUGGACUUUUGUUAUCAUCUGGGAAAGUUUUAUAACAGAGAACACAUGGGCAGACUGGUUCCAUACAAAUCUUGUGCUAUUUUUAGACACAGUAGUUCUAGUAAUAAGUGGCCCAGUUGUGGUGGGCCUCCUUAUAUUCCAUACUUAUCUCAUGGCUUAUGGACUCACGACGUGGGAGGUUGCAUCAAGGGAGAGAAUCACAUAUCUAAAAUAUCUUGAUGAUGAGUAUAAUCCGUUUGACCAAGGUUGCUGUAAGAAUAUAUACUACUUUAUGUGUAUACGAAAAGUUCAGAAAUGGGAAACUCUGUAUGCGAAACGUGCAAAGUUUAAAGAUAGUGAUGUUUAGUGGCAGAUUUUUAAUUUACAUGUGCUUGUUUAAUAGUAUUAUUGGUGCAAUUAUUUUUUCAUAGGUCUUUGGUUUUAUAUUUAUGAUUGAGUUAGAGUUUUUAUUAGCUCACCUGUCACAUAGUGACGAGGUGAGCUUUUGUGAUCACCCUUCGUCCGUCGUCAGUCCGUGUGUCAACAAUUUCUUGUCUGCACGAUAGUGGUUUCAUUUAUGAUUUUAUUUUAACCAAACUUGCACACAACUUGUAUCACCAUAAGAUCACGGUUCCUUUCUUGAACUGGCCAGAUCCCAUUAUGGGUUCUAGAGUUAUGGCCCCUGAAAGGGCCAAAAUAGCUAUUUUGACAUUGUCUGCACAAUAGCAGCUUCAUUUAUGAUUUGAAUUUAAUCAAACUUGCACAAAACUUGUGUCACCAUAAGAUCUCGGUUCUUUUCUUGAACCGGCCAGAUCCCAUUAUGGGUUCCAGAGUUAUGGCCCCUGAAAGGGCCAAAAUUAGCUAUUUUGACCUUGUCUGCACAAUAGCAGCUUCAUUUAUGAUUUGAUUUUAACCAAACUUGCAUACAACUUGUAUCACCACAAGAUCUUGCUUCCUUUUUUGAACUGGCCAGAUUCCAUCAUGGGUUCCAGAGUUAUGGCCCCUUAAAGGUCCAAAAUUGGCUAUUUUGGCUUUUGCAGCCAUAUAGAGACUUCAUUUAUGAUUUUAUCUGAUACAAACUUCCAAAAUAUCUUCAACAACAAUAAAUCUUGGAUUCCAUGACAAAUCAGAUCCAAUCGUAGGUUCCAGAGUUAUUUUAUAUCUGAUUACCUCCCCUGAUUGUAAUCAAAAUGGAUUUAUAUCAGUAAGUACUUAUAGGACUUAUUUGAAAUUUCAUUAUUGUUAUGAGUUGGACUGAGACAAUCAGGGUAGAUAACUAUGGACUGAUUUUAUGUCAAAUUACCUCCCUUUAUUUCAAAUUAAAAUGGGUAUAUCUCCGUAACUAACGAAGAUACUGAUCUGAAAUUUCAUUUAUGUCAGCAGAUUUAUUUGGCAGAUCCUUCUUUUGUUCACUUACAAUCUUUUUUUUUUUAUUACUUCCCUUUUACGUUACUAUAAAUAGCUUAUUUUUAGUAACUUUUUUAUUAUUGGCUGUAGGGAAAAACCGAGACCACUUUUCUGUGGUACAACAUGGAUGAUACCUCCAAUUUUUAGGUGUAUUUUGACAUAUCUAUACCUUGUAAGAAUUUUUUUUUUUCUUUUUGGUUAAAUUUCUUCCCUUUGUUGUUCCUGUCCUUUGGACUGAGAUAUCUUUUCUGAGGACCUUCUUGUCCUCAAGUGCAAUGAUAACAGGUGAGCGAUAUAGGGCCAUCAUGGCCCUCUUGUUUGUCAAUCUAUGCAAAAGAGUAUAUAUAUUGUAUAAGAUUAAAAUGAGGAUAAAAUAUUAAAAGUUGAUAUUAUUUGUACUGUAUGUUUUGAUUCAGCAGUUAACAAAAUAUGGUAUACAUGAAGAAUUGUUAUGCAUGGUAUUACUGGUAAUACUGUUCUGAUAGGAUUAGGGGAAACAUUUUUAUAGGACCGUUUUGCAUGCGUCCAUCUGUCUGUCCAUUAUAAUCAUUUGUCCGGAGCAUAACUUCAUAACCAUUAAAGAUAUUGACUUUAAACUUGGGACAUAGGAAGAUAGCCACGAGACGAUGUGUAGAGUGCUUGACACAGCUCUGUAGAUCAAGGUAACAAAUUGAGCUAUAGGGUCUAAAUUGGCGAUCACAUUUCCUGUCCGGAGUACAACAUGAACCAGAGCACAUGAAUCUGGCAUGUAAAUUUCAGGUUAAGGUCACAAAUUGAGAUCAAAUCUGUCAAUUAUAUUUAGUCUGAGGCGUAACUUAAUAACCAUGCAAGGUAUUGACUUCAAACUUGGGAUAUAGAUAGGUGAUGAUGAGACAAUGUGCAAAGUGCAUGAACCAGGGUGGUAGGUUAAAGGUCAAGGCCACAGCAAGGUCAAAUCUGCCUAUCAUAUUUUGUGUCCAGAGCAUAACUUAAAAACUAUUAAAUUGACUUGAAAACUUAAAAUAUAGGCAGGUGGUGAUGAGAUGAUUGUUUUGCAUGUUUCUUGCCCUUUUGUAUCCUGUCACUGCAACAAUCCACUGCACCCUACCACCUUUAAACCCCUUCCCCCACCCCUUCUCCCCCAUCAAAAAAAUUAUUUAGUUUCCUAACCUUCAGUAUUAUGUCACCACCACCAUUGCACACACACACACACCCUGCCAAAAAAAAAAAAAAAAAACUGUCCCGCCAAAAAUAAGUUUUUUAGAUUUUGCUUAUUCUUUAAAUUUUACAUCCGUCCUCUGAUAAAACCCUUCAGACAUACAUUGUCUCGCUUGGUGGAGCUCUUGUUUAAUUUUAGGCAACAUACCUGUUAUUUAAUUAACCUUUUAAAAUAUCUGCUGAAACAAGUGAGAGUUUCAAAUUCACAGUUUUAAUGGAUUAUUGAAAUACAUGUAUAAGGCUAGAUUAUAUAUUAUGAUCAUUUCAGAUCAAAUAUGAUAUCACUUGCACACAGUCCGUCAACAUUUUCUAAAAAAAUCUUCUUGAAAACCACUGGGCAGAAUUAUAUCAAACUUCACAGGAAUGAUCCUUGGGUGGUCCCCUUUCAAAAUUGUUCAAAGAAUUUAAUUCCAUGCAGAACUCUGGUUGCCAUGGCAACCAAAAGGAAAAACUUAAAAAGUCUUCUUGUCCAAAACCGCAAGGCGUAGAGCCUUAAUUGAUAUUUGGCAUGUGACAUCAUCUAAUGGUCCUCUAUCAAGAUUAUUCAAAUUGUGUCCCUGGGGUGAAAAGAGGUCCUGCCCUGGGGGGUCACUAUUUUUACAUAGAAUUAUAUAGUAAAAAACUUUAAAAAUCUUCUUGUCUAAAACCACAAGACGUAGGCCCUUGAUAUUUUGUAUUUAGCAUUGCCUUGUGGUCCUCUUCCAAAAUUGUUCAAAUUAUGCCCGUGGGGUGAAAAGAGGCCCUGCCGAGGGGGGUCUCAAGUUUUACAUAGAUUUAUAUAGGAAAAAAACUUUAAAAAUCUUCUUGCCUAAAACUGCAAGGCCUAGGCUUUUGAUAUUAAGUAAGUUGCCUUUCCUAGUGUUUCUCUACCAAAAUUGUUCAAAUUAUGUCCCUAGGGUGAAAAGAGGCCCUGUCCUUGGGGUACCGAUUUUAACAUAGACUUAUACAGGAAAAAAAAUUAAAGAUCUCCUUGUCUGAAAGUUCAAGGCCUAGGCCUUUGAUAUUUGGUAUGUAACAUUGCCUGGUGGAUCUCUAACAAGUUUGUUCAAAUUAUGCCCCUUGGGUGAAAAGAGGCCCUGCCCCAGGGGUGACUUGUAAUAAAAAUACAAGUUAUGUAGGAAAAAAAAGUUCAAAAAUUAUCAGAUCAUAUUUCCUAGACUGUUUAAUUAUAAUUACCUGAUGACCCCAAGCGAUUAGGGAUCACUUGACUGUGACCUUGACCUACAGACCUACUUUCGUGUUUUUUAAGAUACAGCCUUGAAAUUUGGAUGACAAUGUACAGCUUUGCACACCGAUCUUAAAACUGACUUUCAGUUAAGUUAAAUGUGACUUACUGACCUACCUUCUUAAUAUUUUAGCAUCAGUUUGCCAUUUGAAACAUGUGGCUCAUAUUACUCAGGUGAGCGAUCCAGGGUCAUCAUGAACCUCUUGUUACACUAAUCUUACCAUAUACUUUACCUUGCAAUAAGAUGUGAUAAAGGUCUAUAAAUAAUAUAUUCCAGCAUAAACAUUGUGGCAUCAUUAUGAGCUGGUAAAAUGGAUUAUAAUUUGGUAAAAGACAUCAAAUAAAAAUCUUUGUUUUUAUUUUUAAUCCAUAAUUAACUGGACU